CUUCGGCUCAGGUCAUGAUCCCAGGGUCCUGAGAUUGAGCCCCGCAUAGGGCUCUCUGCUCAGUGGGGAGCCUGCUUCUCCCUCUCCCUCUGCCUGUGCUCUGCUUACUUGUGCUCAAUCUCUCUCUCUGUUAAAUGAAUAAAUUAUCAGGCGCCUGGGUGGCUCAGUUGGUUAAGCGACUGCCUUCGGCUCAGGUCAUGAUCCUGGAGUCCCUGGAUCGAGUCCCACAUCGGGCUCCCUGCUCAGCGGGGAGUCUGCUUCUCCCUCUGAGCCUCCCCCCUCUCAUGUGCUCUCUCUCAUUCUCUCUCUCUCAAAUAAAUAAAUAAAAUCUUUUUUAAAAAUUAAAAGAAGAAGAAGAAGGGCAAGGACUCCAAAAGUUUGCUGGAAGGAGGAGCUUUACCAACGGAUGGAGGGAACUGUGCUGGUGCUGGGAGGGAGCCGGGUGUCAGGGAGCUGCUCUGGAGGGUGGGGCACCCCCCCCCCAAAGGGACAACCAGAAUAGGCAGGGUUAUCUUGUGCACUCUCAGGGACGGGCAGCAAGUCCAGAGUUCCAGGGACUUGUCCAAGGACACAAAGCAGCAAGGUGACCCCAGGAAGCCAAAGUCCCCAGCCAGUCUCCAGCAGGGGAGCAGGCAGGGGCAAUCUUUAGCUCAAGGUGGCCAGGAGGUCCUUUGGAGAGGGAGUCCAGGGCAGCAUCCUUUGGCAGGCCUAGAUGGGCCAGUACGGGCUGGAGGGGCCUGUCCUUGGCCUCUGCGUCCCAAGCAUGGAACCCUCUUUGCCUUUAAGAGGGGUGCAGGAGUUCUUGAAACCCAGGGCCCACGGGCCGGCGGGAGGGGCGGAGCCCAGAGUCCGGCCGCGCGGUGGCAGGACCCGGCUUACCUGCUUCCCGCCACCCGGGUGGGGCGGGGCCGGGGGCGGGGCUGCCACACAACCUGUGGACGGCCAGGCGGUCGCCGGCCCGACCGUCGCGGGGACCGGCCGGGGGCCUGCGGGGGGCCCGGAAGCCGGGGGCGAGCGAGAAAACAAACUUGGAGAGAGGAGUGACCUGGGGGCCGGGGGCGGAGUCGCGCGCGGAGGAGGAGGGAGCGAGCGGCCGCCGGAGCGCGGCUGGCCCAGGAAGCGGAGAGCGCCGCCCACCCAUCCGGGGCGAGAGCGGCGCUGCGGGCGCAGGCAGGCUGGGCCGGGGGCUGCCGGGCCCUCGCCCCCCACCGUGACCCCGCAGCCCCCAGCCCGCGCCCAAGAUGAUGAAGAGGCAGCUGCAUCGCAUGCGGCAGCUGGCCCAGACGGGCAGCUUGGGACGGACACAGCCCUGGGUGGAGGAGGAAAAAGCCAUGUAUCCUAUUCCCGCCCCCACGGAAUGUGCUCCGACUGGGAUGAGGCAGGCAGGCCGGCCACCCAGGGCGGGCCCCAACGAGGAGGGGCCCUGGAAGCCACUGGGGUCCAGGUGCCCUGUUGAAGGGGCAGGGGGAGGCAGGGGGUUUCCUAACCUGGGCCGCCUCAGCAGAAGCUCCUCCCUCCCCCACAGCACCCCGGAGACUGCCGAGUUCCUGGGGGAGGACCUGCAGCAGGUGGAGCAGCGGUUGGAGCCGGCCAAGCGAGCAGCCCACAAUGUCCACAAACGGCUGCAGGCCUGUCUGCAGGGCCAGAGUGGGGCGGACAUGGACAAGCGGGUGAAGAAGCUUCCCCUCAUGGCUCUGUCCACCACGAUGGCCGAGAGCUUCAAGGAGCUGGACCCCGAUUCCAGCAUGGGGAAGGCCUUAGAGAUGAGCUGCGCCAUUCAGAACCAGCUGGCCCGCAUUCUGGCCGAGUUUGAGAUGACUCUGGAGAGGGAUGUGCUGCAGCCGCUCAGCAGGCUGAGUGAGGAGGACCUGCCCGCCAUCCUCAAGCACAAGAAGAGCCUGCAGAAGCUGGUGUCCGACUGGAACACCCUAAAGAGCAGGCUCACUCAGGCAGCUAAGAACUCAGGCUGCGGUCAGGGCCUGGGCGGUGGUGCCGGCGGUUACAGCCAUACGGCCACCGCCACCAAGGUGGAGACGCUGAAGGAGGAGGAGGAGGAGCUAAAGAGGAAGGUGGAGCAGUGCAAGGACGAGUACUUGGCCGAUCUAUACCACUUUGCCACCAAGGAGGACACAUAUGCCAACUACUUCAUCCACCUCAUGGAGAUUCAAGCUGACUACCAUCGCAAGUCUCUGAGCUCGCUGGACACAGCCCUGGCUGAGUUGAGGGAGAACCACAGCCAAGCAGACCCCUCCCCCUCGAUGACGGCCACCCCCUUCUUCGGGGUGUAUGGGGUGUCACUGGCAACCCACCUGCAAGACCUGGGCCGGGACAUCGCCCUGCCCAUUGAGGCCUGCGUCACGAUGCUGCUUUCUGAGGGCAUGAAGGAAGAGGGCCUCUUCCGUCUGGCGGCCGGAGCCUCGGUGCUGAAGCGCCUCAAGCAGACCAUGGCCUCGGACCCCCGCAGCCUGCAGGAGUUCUGCUCCGACCCCCAUGCCGUGGCAGGUGCCCUCAAGUCCUAUCUGCGGGAGCUGCCAGAGCCCCUGAUGACCUUUGACCUCUAUGACGAUUGGAUGAGGGCAGCCAGCCUGAAGGAGCCAGGGGCCCGGCUGGAGGCCCUCCAACAGGUGUGCAGCCGCCUGCCCCAGGAGAACCUCAGCAACCUCAGGUACCUGAUGAAGUUCCUGGCACGGCUGGCUGAGGAGCAGGAGGUGAAUAAGAUGACGCCCAGCAACAUCGCCAUCGUCCUGGGGCCCAACCUGCUGUGGCCCCCCGAGAAAGAAGGGGACCAGGCCCAGCUGGAUGCAGCCUCAGUGUCCUCCAUCCAGGUAGUAGGCGUGGUUGAGGCUCUGAUACAGAACGCCGACACCCUCUUCCCUGGAGACGUCAAUUUCAACGUGUCAGGCCUGUUCUCAGCCCCUGGCCCCCAGGACAAGGUCAGCAACAGGCCAGCUGCUGAGGAGCUUCCAGCGAUUGCUGUGGCCGCCUCAGCUCCAGCCCCGGCCUCAGCAGCUACCAAGGAAAGGGCAGAGUCCGAGGCGUCCCCCAGACCAGGCUCCCCCAAGGUCAGUGGGAGUCCCUCGGAGGCAGCCACUCCAGCGGAGGACAUGGCUCGGAGAACCAAGCGCCCAGCGCCAGCCCGGCCCACCAUGCCGCCCCCCCAGGUCUCCAGCACGCGCUCCUCCCCUCCAGGCCCACUCCUGCCCCCUGGCUCUAGCAGCCCUGUGAUCCCCCAGGCUCUGCCCCGCCGUCUGGUUGGCAGCAACCUCCGGGCCCCUACAGUGCCACCCCCAUUGCCCCCCAAUCCUCCCCAGCCCGCCCGGCGCCAGAGCCGGCGUUCGCCAGCCUCCCCCAGCCCCGCCUCCCCAGGGCCGGCCUCCCCCAGCCCUGCUCUGAGCAUUCCUGCGCAGGUGGACCUGGGGGCGGCCCCAGAGGAGGGAGGGGCCCCUGAGGCUGUGGGCGGGGCCUCCACUCCCCCAGCCAUCCCCCCUCAACCCCGGCCCAGGAGCCUUGCCUCGGAGACCGACUGAGCGGGCUGCCCCUCUACAACAGCCCCUCAGCAUCUCCUCCCUCCCACCUGUCCGCCCAGGACACAGCCCUCACCCAUCCCCGGGGUGGGGGCCUCCAGCUUUUGCCUACAAGUGCCUCGGUGCCCGCUGGGUCGGCCCCCAUGGCAAAGAGGACUCAGGACAGUCCUCCACCUCCAGACCUUUCCCUCUGCAGCCGCCCUGGGCUUGGGAACCCCUCACCCAACUCGCAGCUCUCUGGCAGGGUCCCCGGGGAGCCACCGGAAGGAAGGAGGGGCUUGCCUGCUCCUACAGGACUGUUAUUUUUCUCUUGCCAACAGAUUGUUUUGUAAGGCUGGUAAAUAAAUUAUUUUGGACAAAACUA